CAUCAAUGCAGUGAGGAAGUCUGUUUCUGUCUCUUCUGUUUCACUGUAUCUGCUGUCACGAAUAACUCAGUCUGUCGUCUGAACGUCUGGACAUGAACAUCUUUCUAGAGUCCCGCUGCUCCAUCUUAGCAGUUCUCCUGGUUUUCCUUCUCCAAGGGUCGUGUGCUGAUCCAGAUGUUGAGCUGCACAGAGCUGUUGGAGACUCGCUGGAAUUAAUCGCUGAUUAUCCAAAAAAAGAUCUUGAAGUGCUGUGGAAAUAUAAUAUCAUUACAUUUGCUGAGUAUCAAAAUGAUGAUUUCCAGGAAGUGAAAUCUGAAUUAUUUAGUGACAGGUUAAAGAUGAAUAAGGACAGUAUUAGUGUAACAGUAACAGACCUUAAACUCCAGGAUUCUGGAAGAUUCUCCAUUGUUGCAGAAAAUAAAUCUGGACAAUAUAAAACAAAAGGCUUUGUACUACAUGUUCAUGCCCUAGUACUGAGCCUUGAGGUACUCCAUACUGCACUUGUGAUCGAUAUGAUACAUCUUCAUUCACUGCUACGAACUGAUGGCGGUCAUAUAAGGUCGUGUGCUGAUCCAGAUGUUGAGCUGCACAGAGCUGUUGGAGACUCGCUGGAAUUAAUCACUGAUUAUCCAAAAAAAGAUCUUGAAGUGCUGUGGAAAUAUAAUAUCAUUACAUUUGCUGAGUAUCAAAAUAAUGAUUUCCAGGAAGUGAAAUCUGAAUUAUUUAACGACAGACUAAAGAUGAAUAAGGACAGUAUUAGUGUAAUAGUAACAGACCUUAAACUCCAGGAUUCUGGAAGAUUCUCUAUUGUUGCAGAAAAUAAAUCUGGACAAUAUAAAACAAAAGGCUUUGUACUACAUGUUCAUGCCCUAGUACUGAGCCUUGAGGUACUCCAUACUGCACUUGUGAUCGAUAUGAUACAUCUUCAUUCACUGCUACGAACUGAUGGCGGUCAUAUAAGGUCGUGUGCUGAUCCAGAUGUUGAGCUGCACAGAGCUGUUGGAGACUCGCUGGAAUUAAUCGCUGAUUAUCCAAAAAAAGAUCUUGAAGUGCUGUGGAAAUAUAAUAUGAUUACAUUUGCUGAGUAUCAAAAUGAUGAUUUCCAGGAAGUGAAAUGUGAAUUAUUUAACGACAGACUAAAGAUGAAUAAGGACAGUAUUAGUGUAAUAGUAACAGACCUUAAACUCCAGGAUUCUGGAAGAUUCUCCAUUGUUGCAGAAAAUAAAUCUGGACAAUAUAAAACAAAAGGCUUUGUACUACAUGUUCAUGGGUCGUGUGCUGAUCCAGAUGUUGAGCUGCACAGAGCUGUUGGAGACUCGCUGGAAUUAAUCGCUGAUUAUCCAAAAAAAGAUCUUGAAGUGCUGUGGAAAUAUAAUAUCAUUACAUUUGCUGAGUAUCAAAAUGAUGAUUUCCAGGAAGUGAAAUGUGAAUUAUUUAACGACAGACUAAAGAUGAAUAAGGACAGUAUUAGUGUAACAGUAACAGACCUUAAACUCCAGGAUUCUGGAAGAUUCUCUAUUGUUGCAGAAAAUAAAUCUGGACAAUAUAAAACAAAAGGCUUUGUACUACAUGUUCAUGCCCUAGUACUGAGCCUUGAGGUACUCCAUACUGCACUUGUGAUCGAUAUGAUACAUCUUCAUUCACUGCUACGAACUGAUGGCGGUCAUAUAAGGUCGUGUGCUGAUCCAGAUGUUGAGCUGCACAGAGCUGUUGGAGACUCGCUGGAAUUAAUCGCUGAUUAUCCAAAAAAAGAUCUUGAAGUGGACUGGAAAUAUAAUCUGAUUACAUUUGCUGCGUAUCGAAAUGAUGAUUUCCAGAAAGUGAAAUCUGAAUUAUUUAGUGACAGGUUAAAGAUGAAUAAGGACAGUAUUAGUGUAACAAUAACAGACCUUAAACUCCAGGAUUCUGGAAGAUUCUCUAUUGUUGCAGAAAAUAAAACUGGUCCUGUACAACUUAAGACAAAAGAAUAUGUACUACGUGUUCAUGAGCUCAUCAGAGAUGUACAGAUUGAGGACAAGUAUUUGUGGCUGCCAUCAAAAAACAUCUGCAUGUUUAAUCUUCGGUGUGUGGCGUCUGGUGAUGAGAAUCCCUCCUACAGCUGGAUCAGUCGUCAGACUCAAGGAUCACAGCUGAACAUCAGUCUCAGUUUAGGAGAGAAUACUACACUCAGCUGCUCAGCCAACAACACCGUCAGCAUCAAGUACACUACCAAGACUGUAGUGUGCACAGAGAAAACUAAUGAUUCAACAUCAGAAGCAGGUUCUCUUCGGGAGUUUGUUCUGAUCGCGGCUGGCGUGGGAAUCGUGGCUGUGGUCAUCUUGGGUGCUACACUCGCUGUGUGCUGCAGGUGGAGGAGGAACAGAGGCCAAGGAGAGAGUGAAGCUGGGAUUACAGUGUAUGAAGACGUGAACAUUGAUGCCCCUGCAAAGAAACGAUCUGAAAGUGUUGUAAACGGCAUGACUAUCUAUGAAACGGUGGAUGAUGCAAAACUCUCACAAAACUUGCCUCAAACCCUGUAUGACAAAAUCAACUAUCAGCGUCAGCCAGCGGGCAAAACCAGCACCAGCACACCCUCCUCUUACCAGGAAGUGCUGUGAGUGAGACGUCCUCUCAACUCUGGAGAUCUCUAUUUAUUACUGGCUGCAUCGCUUGUCCUUCCAACUCUUGCAUUAAAAGUGCUGUGUAUCAUGUUAACAAUGUUUUUUAUUAUGAAGGAAAUUAUUUUUUAUUUUUUUUGCAUAUGCACAAUUCACAAUGCAACUCAGUAUUACCUCAUGCACACUAGCAUUCAAAAGUUGAAUUGGGCUCAGAGAGAUUAUUUUGGAAAGAAGUGUUUUAUGCUCAGCAAGGUUGCAUUUAUUUGAUCACAAAUACAGUCAAUUCUGUGAAAUAUCUUUGCAAUGUCAAAUGUUAUAAUGUUAUUUAUUGCUAUAGUUUCAGCAUCAUUCCUCCAGUGUCACAUGAUCUUCAGAAAUCAUUCUGAUAUACUGAUUUACUGAUAAGAAACAUUUCUGAUUAUCAUCAAUGUUGGAAACAGUUAUUAUAUUUUGGUGGAAUCUGCGCUAUAUUAUUUUUUUCAUGAUUAUUUGAUAAAUUCUGUUUUUUUUUUUUUUUUUUUUUUUUUUUGAACAUUCUAUUUAUUUAAAAAUAGAAAUGUAACAUUCUAAAUCUUAACUGAACGAAAUGUAGGAUUUCUUAAAAAAUCACAAACGUUUGAAAGGUAAUGUAUGUAUUUUUCUUCACGCAUUUCUGUAUAUAAUAAAUACUUAAGAUGUGUUCGUUAAACUUAUUGACAUGCAUCCAAAGUGACGCAAUAAUAUUGAGACCAAAGACACAACGGCCCAAGCAUGUAUUGUUUCUGCAUGCUUAUUAAUGACAUUUAAACACGUUUAGCAUGUCCACAGCUAUCGUUCAUCUCAUCAUGUAUAGAUAAUCUGACUGUGUAGGAGUAUGUAGUCUUUGCUAUCGGUCAGCUGAUCUCAGAUUUCUGAUUGCAGAAUGUAGAAUCAAAGUCAUUUCUCCUUUUUAUAUUCACACUGUCAGGAAUUUACUGCUUGGUCACUUAACAGCUCAACACAGUAUCUCUGCUUCAUCAGCACCAUCAUUUCUCUUCCUCAAGCCACUGCCACCCAUCCAUCUGAGAUGAGUAAUACUUCCAAAUUAUCAGCCUGACGCUUGACCUGACGCACCUACUUCCUUAAAACCCCUGUAAACAACAUUGAAACCGUUAAAUUGCUGUAAAAUUACCAGAAUGACUACCAGUAACUGCAAAGAUGCAAUGUUUACAUGGGCAAUGCACUCCCUAUUUUUAACCAGUAAAGUACCUUUCACACAUCCGUCUCAAAAUAGCAGUAAAUUCUGUGUCAUCAUUAAUGGGAACCUGGAGGGGAUGAACACAGUGUUUCGUCAAUGUUUCCAUGUUUGUGUCAAACGUUCACAACUUCACAAUCAUGCACCUGCUUUAGGCACGAGAGACAUUGUAUGAUAUGACUUCAGAUAUUUAUCUGACGUGUGUAAAUGUGUCACCUGUGUCAGAGUGUCGUGUUUGGCUCAGAGUAGAUGUUUUACGGUAAUCUCAUUCUGCGUGCACACAGAGCACUGUCUGUUCCCUUUAUUGUCUUGUCCAAAUACACACACUUGUGGUCUUUGCACUUGACCACUUGACUUCUCCUAUGACGUAUUUCCUGUAGAGAGCAUGAAGACCACAAGUGUGUGUAGAACUUUUCUUCAUCUGACAGGACUCACAAAUGGUGUUGUUAAAAUAGAAGUUCUUACAAAGCAUUGUUUUUAUUUUAAAAUCAACUUCUAAUUAUUUGUUUAGUAGUCCCUAUAACAGAUGAACAUACUGAUACGAUAUUUUAAAUUGAUCUCUGAUAUCUGCAUAGAAGGUAUGUGGCUUAGGUAAGAGGAAAAAAUCUCCAGAAACUGUUUUAUAUGUCCAUUUACAACCCUAGGAUUUGUCCCUAGAAUGAAAUGAUCUGUUUUUACCUUAUUUGGAAGGGUCAUGAAUAAUUAAGUUGAGCUGUGCUCUGAUUGGCUGUUUCACAGUGCAACUCAUUUCAGUAGUUCAGACAGCAGGAAGGAAACAUAGGUAAAAUAUAUAUUUAAAUAUCGUCUCUCGCAGUUAUAUAAAAAUGUGGGCAUCAGGAAGCUGCUAUUAAUAUCUGGGGAAUUGAAACUCCAAAUGCAAAGUCGCUUUUCACUUUCAAGAUUUGCGAUCUCACGUUAUCUGUGUAAACUACAGCAGUAGUCUUUACAGUACCACACACUUUUACAAGAUCAGAUGCUGAUUCGCUUAGUUUUCAGUGGUCUUUUGCAUGCAUGAGAAGGAGGAAACAAUAAUGUUUAACCAGUCAUUUCCAUGUACAGAACUCUUACUAUUCAACUGUGCCAAGGUGAAUACACUUUUCUAUUCUACGGCACCUUUAAUUUUGUAAGUGCUUCUAAUUAAGUGAUAAAAAGCAGUUGCAAAUGUUGUAGAAAAUAAAUAUCACCACUGCUCAUUUGCACCAAUAAAACAUGCAACUCUUUGUUUUACUACCAAAUUAUAUGUAAAAUCAAAUUAUUGUUAAAUUUUUAGAUGCAUUGGAAAUGUUUCUGUAACCUUUCACGAGAUCUCUGCAAAAAUCCUCAUAAUUUAAAUCCAGAACAAGAUGCAUGAUGGGAUACACAAGCAUGUGUGCUCGCUCUUUGUGUCAUCUUAUAACAGUGCACCCCACUGAAGGCACUUCUAUCUGUCACAGAAUCAUUUUCAUUCCUGUCAAAAACUAAAUGAGGCCAUGUUUAACUCCAAAUUAAAGCUGUCAGUCCUGUAUUUAAGUUCAAACACAUUAUUUACAAGAGUGACACACAGCAUUUUAAGUAUUCAGCACUGUUGACCAAAAAAAAAAAAAAAAAAAAAAUGCUGUGUGAUGUGUGAACAUAUUUAAUUGUCUGACAUGUUUUACAUGCGUGUUGCUAGUUUUCAUGUGUGGUUUUGCUGCGGAGAUGCAGAUAUGAGUGAUGGCUCUAAAUCUAACCAAUUAGAAAGAC